AUAAUCAACAUCAUUUUUAUUCCUUUUAAAUCAAUCUGAUUCCCCUUUUCUCUCUCUCUCUACCAGAUCCCUCUCCCUCUUCUACUGCGCUAAAUCGAAACCCUUCCUCCCAAUUUUCAUUCAAAUCGGAGAAAUUUAGGCGGGAAAGAUGUCGGGGAAGGGAGCUAAGGGCUUGAUCAUGGGGAAGACCUCCGCCGCUGCGGCCAACAAAGACAAGGACAAGGACAAGAAGAAGCCCACAUCUCGCUCCUCCCGCGCUGGUCUCCAGUUUCCAGUUGGACGGAUUCAUCGGUUGCUGAAAGAGAGAACAACAGCAAAUGGAAGAGUGGGGGCCACAGCAGCUGUCUACUCCGCAGCUAUCCUGGAGUAUUUGACUGCCGAAGUGUUGGAGCUGGCUGGGAAUGCGAGCAAGGAUCUUAAGGUGAAGCGUAUCACUCCAAGGCAUUUGCAGCUUGCGAUCCGAGGAGAUGAAGAACUUGAUACCCUGAUAAAAGGAACCAUAGCUGGAGGCGGUGUCAUCCCCCACAUCCACAAGUCACUCAUCAACAAAUCAUCCAAGGAAUGAAUGAUAUGAGACAAUAAGCUCUCAUUUCAUGCUACACCAAUCUGAGCUACCUGCUGUUUGUUUCCUACUUCCAUCUAGGUUCGUCUUGGUCGUUAGCUAUUCUGAACGGGUUCGUUGUUUAAUGAUUCUAUAACCUUGUGUUGAGCUGUUGACCAUAUUACAUCAGUUGCUCUAAUAUCUCCAUGAUAUUCUGGACAUGGUUUAUUUGUUGAGGAAAGCAUCGUUUUUACUUAAUUGAUUCAUUAGUUUUAAUGAACUUCCAACCAGAGAUUCAAAUGCUCUACUCGUUUUGUAGUGACUAAAAUGAGGGAAAUGGU